GCAGACAGAGAGGGGAGCCGAGACCCUCAGAACGCCCCACGCAGAGCCCCCCCGCCAGCCUGGAGUGGGGUGCGCGGACCCCCCAGAGCUGCUCCCGCCCCCCUCCCCGUUCCCGGCUCGGAAAGCGCAGCCGGAACGCCUCAGCUCGCUGGCCCGGCGUGGCCCCCAACCCGCGUACGCCCCCCUUCCCCGGGUCCGAGGGGGACUCGCGAAGCACCUCGGCGCGGAGGCUGGGAACCGGAGCUUUGGAGCCACCCAGCCCUUCGCCUCUGUACUCGCCCAAGCUUGCAACGGGACGCGGAGACUCCCGCGAACUCAGAGACCGAACGGCGGAGGACAGAAGCAGCAGGCGGCGGACGUGGCCGAGAAGCGGCGCGCUGGGGCGCAGCGCACCCGCCGCCGGGCAGGGGAGCCGCGCCUUUCCCCGGACCCUCCGCUCCAAUCCCGGCGCCUGCCGCCUCCCCAGCCCCGCUGCUUCCUCGGCUCGGGGACCGGCGCCGACGAUGCCGAGCGGAGCCUCUAGACCUCCGACCCGCUGAAGAAGCAGCAGCCAUUCGCCCGGGGCCGACCGGGACUGUGCGAGCGGAUCGUGCUCGGCGGAGGCUCGGGCUGCGGAGCGCAGGGACUACGGGGGGGAGGGGGGAGGGCCUCUCUGUCGGUGCCCCCACGCCAGCCGCCGCCUUUAAGGGUCUCCCUCCCGGCCCUUAGCAGCUCCGCGCGGACUCCGGGAGGCUGCGGGCGGCGUCCUGGGGCUCCCCUACCGACCCGAUCGGACUUAAGAAGGUGAUCGCUCGGCUUUCCCAACCCCCUUCCCGCCCCCUUUCCCCCACAUAACUUUUUGUCUACGUUCGCCCGCGGCUCGGUCCCCUCUCCGCAAACCCACCCGCGGCUGUGCCAACCGCCUGGGGCAUGGGCCCCCCAACGCGGCUCCUGGAGGCCCCGCGGCCUCGCAAGAUGUGAGAGGCCCGCCCCGGGCAGAUCCAGAGCUUCGGGAGAGGAGCUGAUAGCCCCCAGCCUCCCCACGCCUGGCGGGGUGGCGGUGCGCGCUGCGCCCCCGCGGUGCCGAGCGUCCCGGAGCGCCCAAUCCAGGGCUGGAACGAGUAGCUGGCCGGAGGCGCGCCGCGGAGAGCAAGCUGUCAUGCCCUAUUGAUCCCCCCUUGCCCCCCGCCAAGUAUGUUUGGGCUGGACCAAUUCGAGCCCCAGAUCAACAGCAGGAACGCUGGCCAGGGCGAGAGGAACUUUAACGAGACCGGACUGAGCAUGAAUGCCCACUUUAAGGCUCCUGCUUUUCACACGGGGGGGCCCCCUGGCCCCGUGGACCCUGCCAUGAGCGCGCUGGGCGAGCCCCCGAUCUUGGGCAUGAACAUGGAGCCAUACGGUUUCCACGCGCGGGGCCACUCGGAGUUGCACGCAGGGGGGCUGCAGGCGCAGCCGGUGCACGGCUUCUUCGGCGGUCAGCAGCCUCACCACGGUCACCCGGGAAGCCACCACCCCCACCAGCAUCACCCCCACUUCGGGGGCAACUUCGGUGGCCCGGACCCGGGGGCCUCGUGCCUGCACGGGGGUCGCCUGCUUGGCUACGGAGGCGCAGCCGGCGGCCUGGGCAGCCAGCCGCCCUUCGCAGAGGGUUAUGAGCACAUGGCGGAGAGCCAGGGACCGGAGAGCUUCGGCCCGCAGCGACCUGGAAACCUCCCGGACUUCCACAGUUCGGGUACCUCGGGCCACGCCGUGCCUGCCCCAUGCCUGCCGCUGGACCAGAGCCCCAACCGGGCCGCUUCCUUCCACGGCCUGCCCGCCUCCAACGGCUCCGAUUCCCACAGUCUGGAGCCCCGGAGGGUGACGAACCAAGGAACCGUCGACUCCCUGGAAUACAAUUACGCGGGCGAGGCGCCCUCGGGACAUUUUGACAUGUUUUCGCCCUCUGACUCCGAGGGGCAGCUGCCUCAUUAUGCAGCGGGUCGACAGGUUCCCGGGGGCGCUUUUCCGGCCGCCUCGGCCUUGCCCAGAGCCGCGGGCAUGGUGGGCUUGUCCAAAAUGCACGCCCCGCCACCGCAGCAGCCACCGCAGCAGCCACCGCAGCAGCAACAGCAGCAUGGCGUGUUCUUCGAGCGGUUUGGCGGGGCCCGGAAGAUGCCUGUGGGUCUGGAGCCCGGGGUGGGCUCCAGGCACCCGUUGAUGCAGCCUCCCCAGCCGGCCCCGCCACCCCCCCAGCAGCAACCCCCGCAGCAACCGCAACAGCAGCAGCAGCCUCCGCCACCCGGGCUUCUAGUCCGACAAAAUUCGUGCCCGCCCGCGCUCCCGCGGCCCCAGCAGGGCGAGGCUGGCACGCCCAGCGGCGGCCUGCAGGACGGGGGCCCCAUGCUGCCCAGCCAGCACGCGCAGUUCGAGUAUCCCAUCCACCGGCUGGAGAACCGGAGCAUGCACCCUUAUUCCGAGCCUGUUUUCAACAUGCAGCAUCCCGCUCCGCAGCAGGCGCCCAACCAGCGGCUGCAGCAUUUCGACGCGCCCCCCUACAUGAACGUGGCCAAGAGGCCGCGCUUCGACUUCCCGGGCAGCGCGGGAGUGGACCGCUGUGCUUCGUGGAAUGGUAGCAUGCACAACGGCGCUCUGGACAACCACCUCUCGCCCUCCGCCUACCCAGGCCUACCGGGAGAGUUCACUCCGCCUGUGCCCGACAGCUUCCCCUCGGGGCCUCCCUUGCAGCACCCAGCCCCCCCGGACCACCAGUCCCUGCAGCAGCAGCAGCAGCAGCAGCAGCAGCAACAGCAACAGCAGCAACAGCAACAGCAGCAGCAGCAGCAACAGCAGCAACAGCAGCAACAGCAGCAGCAGCAACAACGCCAAAAUGCGGCCCUCAUGAUUAAACAGAUGGCUUCGCGGAAUCAGCAGCAGCGGCUGCGCCAGCCCAGCCUGGCCCAGCUAGGCCACCCAGGGGACGUGGGCCAGGGCGGCCUAGUCCACGGCGGCCCGGUGGGUGGCUUGGCUCAGCCGAACUUUGAACGUGAAGGCGGCAGCGCGGGUACAGGGCGCCUGGGUACCUUUGAGCAGCAGGCGCCGCACUUGGCACAGGAGAGCGCGUGGUUCUCAGGCCCGCACCCGCCGCCAGGAGACCUGCUGCCCCGCAGGAUGGGUGGCUCAGGCCUGCCCGCUGACUGUGGUCCGCAUGACCCCAGCCUGGCGCCUCCCCCUCCACCCGGUGGCUCUGGGGUGUUGUUCCGGGGCCCUCUGCAGGAGCCGCUGAGGAUGCCCGGAGAAGGCCACGUGCCGGCGCUGUCCUCGCCGGGCCUGCAGUUCGGGGGCAGCCUGGCCGGCCUGGGCCAGUUGCAGUCGCCUGGGGCGGGGGUGGGGCUGCCUAGUGCUCCUUCGGAGCGCCGGCCCCCGCCGCCGGACUUCGCUGCGCCAGCGCUUGGGGGCCAGCCGGGCUUUCCGUUUGGCCCAGGGAGCCGGCAGGCCACUCCGCACAGCGGUCCAGGCGUGAACUCGCCCCCGAACGCAGGCGGGGGCGGCGGCAGCUCUGGCGGCGGCGGCGGCGGGGGCGCUUAUCCGCAGCAGCCUGAUUUCCAGCCCAGCCAGCGCACCUCGGCCAGUAAGCUGGGUGCGCUCUCUCUGGGCUCCUUCAACAAACCCAGCUCCAAGGACAACCUGUUCGGCCAAAGCUGCCUGGCUGCGCUCUCCACCGCUUGCCAGAACAUGAUCGCCAGCCUCGGGGCCCCCAACCUCAACGUGACCUUCAACAAGAAGAACCCACCCGAGGGCAAGAGGAAACUGAGCCAGAACGAGGCCGAGGGCGCGGCAGUGGCCGGCAACACGGGCUCGGAUUACUUCCCGGGAGGGACUGCUCCUGGGGCCCCAGGACCCGGAGGCCCGUCGGGGACCAGUAGCAGCGGCUCCAAAGCCUCGGGGCCGCCCAACCCGCCCAGCCAGGGGGACGGCACCAGCCUCUCCCCCAACUACACCCUAGAAUCAACGUCGGGGAACGACGGCAAGCCGGUCCCCGGGGGAGGUGGCCGGGGACGGGGGCGCAGAAAAAGGGACAGUGGUCACGUGAGUCCUGGGACCUUCUUCGACAAGUACUCGGCGGCUCCGGACAGCGGGGGCGCGCCUGGGGUGAGCCCAGGACAGCAGCAGGCUCCAGGCGCGGCUGUCGGGGGAAGCUCAGUGAGCGAGGCGCGCGGGGCGCCCACGCCCCACGAGAAGGCACUUACGUCGCCGUCGUGGGGCAAGGGGGCCGAGUUGCUUCUGGGGGACCAGCAGGACCUCAUGGCGUCCCUGGACGGUGGGGCCAAAUCGGACGGUAGUUCACCGCACGUGGGUGAGUUCGCCUCAGACGAGGUCAGCACGAGCUAUGCCAACGAGGACGAGGUGUCGUCCAGUUCCGACAACCCCCCGGCCCUGGCCAAAGCCAGCAGGAGCCCCCUGGUGACCGGCUCGCCCAAACUCCCUCCUCGAGGGGUGGGCGCCGGGGAACACGGACCCAAGGCGGCCCCGCCCCCACUCGGCCUGGGUAUCAUGUCUACCUCUUCCUCGACCCCCGACAGCUACGGCGGGGGCGGGGGCACUGGCCAUCCGGGCACCCCGGGCCUGGAGCAGGUCCGGACCCCUACGAGCAGCAGCGGUGCGCCACCGACGGACGAGAUCCACCCUCUGGAGAUCCUCCAGGCGCAGAUCCAGCUGCAGAGGCAGCAGUUCAGCAUCUCCGAGGACCAGCCCCUGGGGCUUAAGGGUGGCAAGAAGGGCGAGUGUGCCCUCGGGGCCUCGGGCGGGCAGAAUGGAGACAGCGAGCUGGGCGGCUGCUGCUCCGAGGCCGUCAAGAGCGCCAUGAGCACCAUCGACCUGGACUCACUGAUGGCAGAGCACAGCGCCACCUGGUACAUGCCAGCUGACAAGACCCUGGUGGACGGCGGGGACGAAGACAAGACGCUGGCGCCUUGGGAGAAGGCCAAGCCCCAGAACCCCAACAGCAAAGAAGCUCACGACCUCCCCGCCAGCAAGGCCUCUGCUGCCCAGCCUGGCAGCCACCUGCAGUGCCUGUCUGUCCACUGCACGGACGACGUGGGCGACACCAAGGCCCGAGCCUCCGUGCCCACCUGGCGGUCCCUGCACUCCGACAUCUCCAACCGAUUCGGGACGUUCGUGGCCGCCCUCACUUGAGCGACGAGAGCCCCUCCCCCUCCAGGCCCUCCGCCUCCUCCAACCUGUCCCCACCCCGCGGUUAAGAAAGGGCCACUAUUGCUGAGUGGCUGUUGGUUUUUUUUUUUUU